CUGAAGGAAAAAAACAUCGGUAAGGGGGUUGGAGGUGGUUGCGGUUGUGAGUGAAAAAUGGUUGGAAAAUUAUGAGACGUCGAAUACAUACGUAUGAUGCUCGAUCAAUGGUGCAACAACCAUCCCGAUUCCGAGUCCCGAGAUUGUUCGUGUUGGCUGUUGGUUCCUGUCACGGUCGAUUUAUUAACGAGUACUACAUAUGUAUGUAUAUGUAUAUGAUGACAUUAAGCUACAGGGUCCUUGUUCCCCAAUUUUCUCCGUUGUAUUAUUUUUAAAUUGACUCGUCCAUUAUGUCGCAGUUUUUAAACGUUUCCUAAUUAGAUUAAGAUUAUCGCGCUGCUCGACCAGUUAAAAGGCAAAGAGAAUGGCUCGGCCAAAGCAAAGAGUUAACACGGAUAUUUGUGCUGACUGCGGAGCUCUCGAGCCAGGAUGGGCUUCCCUAAACAGAGCGAUUUUAUUAUGCGACGAUUGUUGUGGUAUACAUCGCAGCCUUGGUCGGCAUAUAUCCCAUAUAAAAUCACUUCACAAGAGUAUAUGGCAUACGAAUUUACUAAAUAUGGUACAUACGUUAAACGAUAAUGGAGCAAACAGUAUUUGGGAACAUUCCCUUUUAGAUCCUAACAACUCAAAGAUUAGUAGAAGGAAACCACAAGCUAAGGAUCCAUUACAUCCAUUAAAGGCUGAGUUUAUCAAGGCAAAACAUCAACAUUUAGCAUUUGUGUUGCGUCCAAGUAAGGAAGAAUGUUGCAGCGAGGAAGAAUUAAGCAGGCAGCUACAUAGUAGUGUUCGCACGAGCAACCUAGAAACUUCUCUGAGAUUGCUUGCACAAGGUGCCAAUCCAAAUUAUUUCUACAAGGAAAAGGGUACAACGCCUCUGCAUGUAGCCGCUCGUGCAGGACAAGCUUUACAAAUAGAGCUUUUAAUUGUGAAUGGUGGGAAUCCCAGCAUGAUUGAUUUCAAUGGACAGUCGCCAGCAGAAAUUGCAAAGAUAGCAGGGCACAUAGAUUUAUCCGAGAGAAUAAUUGAAUGUAUGUACGAAGUAACAGACAGAUUAACAUACUAUAUAUGUUCACGUAAACCAAAUCACUGUAUGGAUGAACAUAUAAUUAUUCCAGAAUGCUCAUUGCCUUUGGAGCAAAAUGAUUUGAGCUUAGAGGGAAAAAAUAGAUUACAGUUGUUACCGAACCAUUUACUGGAAGAACUAGCAAUGGAUGUAUACGACGAAGUCGACCGUCGUGAAAACGAAGAAAUCUGGUUUGCUACUGCAACUUUACCAGAAAGAUGUACAGUACCGUUUCUGCCAGUAAACCCGCAACUAUCGUCUACAAGAAAUCAAGGUAGACAGAAGCUAGCAAGAUUUACACCAAAGGAAUUUGCUACACUCAUUAUAGAUUUGCUUAUCGAGGCUCGCAGAAGGCACGUGCUUUCAAAUAACAUGUCAUUGCAAGAUCCAGCUGUAUCUAUACUUCGAAAAGAACAUCAAGGAAAAUACGGGUCGCAGAUGUCCGACGACGAACCUUUAUAUGAUAGCGUCGCAUCCGACGAUGAUUACGCAUUAACAUCGACGACGGAUAAUGCAGCUCCCGAAUAUUCAACAUCACAGUUUAAAAUGAAUAAUGAGGAAGCCUUCGCGCCAUUAGCCAAGGGUCUUCCGUCUGUCGUAGAAGUUUUGAAAAAGCAAUUAACUUUAUCCGAAUCCACCGUCAGGGACCUACGAGAACAAGUGCAUGCUUUACAGAAUACCAUAGAACAACUGACUCACGAGAACAACGAAUUGAAACAAACAAUUCAUGCAAAAGAGACAGCAGAUGGUGUUAUCAAUGGUCACGUUGGCGGAGAGCAAGAGCCAGAGCUAGAACCAGUGCUGGAUAUAAAGACGUCUCUUAACAGAAACAAUCAGCGACCUGCUUCUAUGUAUGAAACAAGAGAAGGUUUGCGGAAACCGAAUUCGUGGUCAACAAGCAUUUGUCAGGCUAAAAGAGAUCCUGAUUCAAUGUCUCGCAACAACACUCAGAGUUUAUGGGAAUGCGGUGCUCCUAGUCUUCCUCCUAGCGAAGAGGUGACUCGAAGAACCGAACAAGUGACGAGAAGAAUUCAGGAGUUGUGGAUGGCUAUGCAGGACCCGAAACAGCGAGAAGCUUUCGUACCCUGUGCAGAAAGAAUUCGUGUCGCAGUCGCUGAGCUUACGGCUAUAUUUCCUCAAAAUCCUAUCGAAGAGAAUAUUAAAUCCGCUCUACGACAGUUGAACGGUAAUACCGGCAGACUUCAAGCGGAGUGCUCUGGUCUUCAAAGAUGCACCAGCGACGUCGAGCAUAUGGAUCGGUGUCUACAGCAAGUACGUUCGUGCGCUUACGACAUUGCCAAAGCGACAAAGCUUCUCGUUACACAGUUCCAAACGUAACGGACAAAAGUAUUACAACCUACAACCUACACUGUUUUCUCUUACACGGGAUACAUGUAUAUAACUUGUACAGAUACACAUAAAGCUAUAAUACUCAGACUCAUCACAAACGUUUAAUAAGUAUUCGUAUUAUACAUCGCGUAAAAGUCUUUUGUUAUCCGACACUGUCUUUCUUUUUUUUUUAAAUGUAAAUAACAAGCAAAUUUUAGCAUAUUGACGUCCGUAAGAAAUAUCGAAACAUGACAUUCUUCAAGAAUACAGUAUGUAUUAUGUAACAUUUAAUAUUUUAUGAAGACUGAAUAGCCACGAACCAAUGAAUUUUUAUUAAUAUGCAAUUUAAGUUUGUAUAUUUGGUUUUGUAAACGUAACUGUUGCUUAUAUAAGCUGGUAUGCGAUAAAAAUUCUAAACGUGGCGUUGUUAGCUGAAUUAUGCAUAUAGUGCAAUACGAAACGAGGAACAGUUCACUUUUAUAAAUUGUUUAGCAAAGCGAUAUUGAAAAUGAUGUACAUUUUAAUACCAGCAAUAAGAUAUAUUUUAAACAAUGAAAUUAACUAAUGGCGGUUGUUUGUACGACGAAGAGUUUUAUUAAUAAAAAUGUUUUUAUCAAUGCUUCGAAUGCAAUAUGAAACGCGAUGAAAAAAAGUCCAUUUCUCUAAGUAAUCCAGCUUAUAUCGAAGCACGAUAAAUAAGUGAGACGUUUGUCGCCAGUAAAGAAUAGUAUUUCUUUUUUAAUUAUUGUACGCGCCUGCGCAUAAUCAUUAAAAUUUCGAUUUAUAAGUUAAGUUUUCUUGUUGUAAUAUUGAAGUUAGGUAUACAUGUUUAACUAUAUAAUAAAGUUUAAUUAUCGGGCUAUUGUUGACAGAAAUUGCACUGCAUAGUUAUUUACGAUUUUGCGUGCGUGUGUGCGUAUGUGUGUGUGCGUGUGAUAUGUACAUAUACAUAUAUUAUGUUGAAAGUGAAAUCAUGUUUGACAGCUUUUGUAUGACCAACGGUUUUAGAGAAGUUUGAUGAUUACAUAAAGAUUCAUACUUCUUCGAUAAUAAUAAUAAUAAUUAUUUAAUAUUCAUGCGAAA